AUGUUGAAAUUCCUGUCCCUCUCUUGCCUCGUGCUCUCAGCGCUCACCUCCGCCUCCGCCAUCCCCUCAGACGACGACGACAAGAAAGCCGGAGAAUGCAAACAGCGCGGCAAGGAGCGAACCUAUGUCGCAAAGUACGACGACCUCCCCUUCACCGAGAGCCCCGAUGACUCAACCCCUAUCGGCAACAACUACCUCGGACUGAAGUACACCAACUUCUACGUCGACGCCUACGACGGCGGCAUCAACCCCUCCUCCUCCCCCAACGUCGCCAUCUCCUACGACUGCGGCGCCGCACCGCGCAGCAUCGCCGUCGCGAAGCCGGGCGACAACUUCGACCUGCUCAGCACCUACAUUGCGUGCAACGCGGGCUACCCGCAGGGCGCCUGCCGCACCACGGUAACCGGCACGCGCAAGAACGGCAACAAGAUUUCCCAGGAGCUCGUGUACCCGGCUUUGGAUAGCUCGGUGCCGUUCGUGAUGACCAAGGUCGAGUUCACGAAUAGCAGCAAGUGGAAGGACCUCGUGAGCGUGAGCUUUGGACCGUCGCUCUUUGUGGACGAGUAUGGGGAUGAGAGGUGUGCGGCUUUCCAGAUUGACGACUUUACGUAUGCGAAGAAGGAUUGUACGUAA